CAAUUAACAUCACACCAUAUCAUAUCAAGACCAUCAUAACAACGCACUCUACACCAUUUUUAUUUAUGCAUCAUACAACCCACGCCGACGGCUAAAGUAUAAGUAUAGUACCAUGGGGCAGGCUCCGGGUCCUGCUUACGUAAUCACGGAAUGCCCACCGAUUAUGUAAUUCCAUGCGCGAUACAACGCGCCUUGUACCGUCCACAGUCCCCGCCUCCGUGGUACAUAAUAUCCAAUAUUCAAUGGGGAAAACCAAGAAAACACGAAAAUUUGCGGCUGUCAAGCGCCUUCUGAGUCCUAAAGAUGCUCGGUUAAAAGAGAACCAGUUAAAACAACAGAAGAAGGAAGAAGAUGAGAAAGCGAAAGCUGUUCGCCGAGUGUCCCAGAUCGCUUCUUCCAUGUUCCUCUCCCACAACGCAGAACUUGUUCCGCCUUACAGGGUCCUUAUCGACACAAACUUUAUCAACUUUAGCUUACAAAACAAGCUGGAGCUUGUCAGUGGGAUGAUGGACUGUCUCUUUGCUAAAUGCAUACCAUGUGUGACCGACUGCGUUAUCGCGGAGCUUGAGAAACUGGGUCAUCGCUACCGUGUGGCCCUACGUGUCGCACGUGAUCCUCGGUUCGAGCGCCUCAAUUGCAGCCAUCUGGGAACGUACGCUGAUGACUGUUUGGUCCAACGCGUUACUGCACACAAGUGCUACAUUGUUGCCACUUGCGAUCGUGAAUUACGCCGCCGAAUUCGUCAGAUUCCGGGCGUGCCUCUCAUGUACAUUGUUGCGCGACGCUAUGCCAUAGAGCGUCUCCCAGACCAAGGUGCCCCGGUGUAGUGCAAUUGACCCAGUUACACUUUGUGACUUCGCGAUAGCGGACUCUUCAUGAUGGAGCGUUUGUAUCGUUAACAAUCAUAGAUGAAUGUAUCACGUUCUUCAUGCUGACACGGUACAUCGGUCCCUCUGUCGUCGUAAGUUUUGUUCGCUAUGGUUACGUCGCGCUGCUAGACAUAUUCCAGUCGAAAUGUUUUUUCUUCUUUUUUUUCAUUCUCGACUGCAGCUCAGAUUAAAGGAAUCUUCGUCCUUGAUCAUGGAUCAAAGCCCACAUGACCGGAACAUCAGCUACCCAUACCGGCAGUGUAGCGAUUUUCCAUCCAAUCAGUCGGAAUUGGACACGUCAAUUCGAACAUGAGAAGUAAGCUGUGGGUUAGGUAUGAACAUAAUCGCAGCUAAGCAUGACCCCGGAAAAAGUCAAAUCGACAUCUUGACAGGCCGGUAGAUCCUUGGUUCUCACGAUUGGCUAGUUCGCAGUCUGGAG